AUGUCCACAGACGAUCUCUUCAUUCUAUCCCUUGCCCACGAGCUGAUCCUCGCGAUUGCCAGCUAUCUCAACCUUCGAGACCUGGAGUCGCUGAAUCAGAGUUGUCGCGAUAUGCGCCGAAUCACUUUCGACGCCUAUCAUGACGCCGCACAGAACAGCAGCGUCGUCGCUAUCUUCCUAGCAAGUGGCGGUCUACGAUAUGAACGUCGAAAACUACUCCGCUUCGCUUGCCAGCGAGAAGUCGCGAACCGCCACGAAACCAUAAGCUGUCUCUACUGGAACUUUACUUGUACUCCUGAAUGGACCCCUGGCUCUCUGCGAAAAGCUGCCGAGGCUGGUAUUGCGACGAGAUGGUCUGCAGUGACAACGUUCGAUCUGGACUCGGCUGAGACAGCCUGGAUCGAAGGUACAACGCUUGGGACGCUCAAGCGGAGCGACGGGCUGGUCACAUAUAAGGAGAGCUCAACCCGAUCGACAAUCACUCUCCAUGACGCAGCCCUUGUCCCUAAUCCAGACAUCACCAAGCCAGCUCAAAAAAUCUUGAGCAGAGGUUCACUGCGUUGGUUCCGUGAGUAUCUCAGAAAGCAUACACCGCGCGAGUGCGAGAUCAUCUGGCCAAACGACGAGACGGCAUCCGACUUGUUGAGCCUCCCUAAAUUGCCAGGAGCGACUAAGAGUCUAACCAUUCGCAACAUGAGGAAGCUGUUCAAUGAACCAGUACGCCUCAAAGCAAACCAGACGCCACGGGUGGAAUCUCUGAUUCGCAAACUGAAAAUGUUGGAGACCCUCUACAUCGAGCCGAAAUCCUGUCCUAAGUUGGAUUUGAAGGCUCUGCGCACAUGGAAGGUCAAGAUUCUCGAGCUCGAUGAGGGAACAGCAGAAGUAGCCAAAUGA